UGUAAUAAAAACUACGACGCAGCUAGCAGAGCCCAUUGACCAAUCAUAAUUCAUCUGUUACUCUGUGUAUCCAAAAAUAGCCCUAUCUCUAAUCAGCUGUUUGCUAUAUCACUACGCUUUGUAAAAACCUCCGCGCAUAAAGUAGUUCUACAUGUUAUGCAGUGGUUGCAAUACAGCAGACGUGACAUUUCUUUACGGGUACAUUAUCAACUUGGUGUUUGUUCAAAGGAAAAUACAUUUUCUUGAAAGUAUACUUGAAAACGGUGUUGUCACCAUGGAAUGUGCUAACCGUUUUCAAGGGUUGUGUUACGAACAAGUUGUCCGUCUGCAUGAAGUGAUGGAAGAAGUGGUACCCAUUCAUGGUCGAGGAAACUUUCCAACAAUGGACAUAAAGCUGAAGGACUUAGUGCAGGUAGUUAGAGAAAAACUGCGAACUGAAGGGGUAAGUGUCAAAGAUGUUCGUUUGAAUGGGGGUGCUGCCAGCUACAUUUUUGGCACAGACAAUGUUCGCUCAUACAACGAUUUGGACCUCAUUUUUGGGGUAGACUUGUCGAACCACAAUGAGCUACAGAAAAUCAAAAAUUGUGUAUUGGGAUGUUUAUUGGACUUUCUGCCAGAUGGUGUUAACAAGGAGAAAAUGAGCAGUUGCAGUCUGAAGGAAGCAUAUGUCCAGAAAAUGGUAAAAGUUUGUAACGAACACGGUGACAGAUGGAGUUUGAUUUCCCUUUCAAAUAACAAGGGGAAGAACGUGGAACUUAAGUUCGUGGAUAAGAUGAAGAGACAGUUUGAGUUCAGUGUGGACUCGUUCCAGAUCAUUCUGGACAGUCUGUUGACGUUCUACGAAAUCUCAGCCACCCCUAUGAGUGAAAACUUCUACCCAACAGUUGUAGCCGAGAGUGUAUAUGGAGAUUUCUGGGAGGCUUGGUACCACUUGAACAAAAAACUAAUUUCUACAAGAAAUCCAGAGGAAAUUAGAGGAGGAGGACUGUUGAAGUAUUGCAACUUGCUCACAAGGGGCUACACCCCUGUGGAAAGUAUUGAUAUUCGUGCCAUGGAGAGAUAUAUGUGUUCUCGGUUUUUCAUUGAUUUCAGUGAUCUGAACCAGCAAAGACAAAAGCUAGAGUCAUAUCUAAACAACCACUUCAGUGGUGAAGAAGAACUCAAGCACGAUUACUUGAUGACUCUGUAUAGAGUGGUCGAUGAGAGUACAAUUUGUCUGAUGGGACACGAACGUCGUCAAACGUUGAAUUUAAUCCAUCAGCUUGCAUACCAGGUGUUGAUGGAACAGGAACGUAGGGCACAUAUCAAGUUCCUGGAAAUUCAACAGUUUGAUCAGUUAAACAACUUAACUAUUGAUCAAGUGUUUUUUCAUGGCCCCUAUUCACCAAACAAUGGGAAUCAGUAUUUCAACAUAUUACCAUCAAGUAGUGUUUUCCAAAUCAAUGGAUCAUCAUCUUGCCCCUUGUGUCCAACAUAUAUGCAGUGUUCAUAGCAGCCAUUCAUUGCCCCAUCCCAGGAUUGAAUGAGAAGAAGUAACAAGUUGGUGAAUGUAUAAAGGUGGAAUACCUUUCAACUGUUCUUUGAUAGGUGCAAGUGUACUAGUUCUGAUGUUGUCACUAUAUUAUGUAUCUCAAUUAUGUUCAAGAAUAUUAAAUGCCAUUGAUAGUGGCUUAAUUUUCGAGAAUGAAAUUAUGUAAUUUUCAAUAUUACCAUAAAUACCUGCCUCAGCUUAAUUGAUUGAAUUGUUCUAAACAUAUUGGAUGCAUGAGUUUAAAGAGGUGCUUUCCUGUCUGGAAAAUUAAAGUUCUUAGCAUGAACAUAUGGAAACAAAGGUUGAAAGAAACAAGAGGAUCAAUAUGUAUAUGUAUAAUGUACACACUAUUCAUUAUGAUGGAAACUUUCUUGUUUUAUUUUUUCAUGAGAAAAAUUAGAUACAUUUUUUCUGUGUCAUAUGUUCUUGCUAUGUAAAUAUGAGAAUUUUAAUCUAAAAAUUGUAUUUGAAAUAUGUCUUGGAUAUUAUUGACAUUCCGUGAUGUUUGAAGUGCUGUUCUUGAAAUUCAAUUUAUAAUUGCUAUAAUUUUUGAAGUUAAUUAAUAAACUGAUUUAUUUUCUUUUUAAAAUGAAGUACAAUAUGUGCUAUACGGCAUGUGCUUGUAUAGUUUAAUUUGUAAAUCUUAAAACGAUGCAUGUAAUUAUGUUAGCUUCAACAUGAAAAAAAUCCAUAAAAGAUUGUUAAAACUACCAAAAGAAUGUUAAAAACUACUAAAAUGCUUGGGCCAUUCAAUGGCAAAAUAGAUGAAUAUAAAUUUAGUGUAGGCAUACCUUGAUUAUAGAUCCUGAAAUGGCUGCUUCAGGUAAACCUAUAAAGCACAUUACAGCAGUGUGGUGAGUACCAGGCAGUUAAAGGGGCAUGUGUGUUAUUUGACAGAACUUCAGUGGACUAUUUUUCACAGUUGGGCCAAUUUAGAAUGUCACUUUCCAAUAUGCAUAUAAUCAUAUAUAUCCAAGGCAUGUUUUAAUUAACUUCAAGCAGGCAGCAGAUAGAACUAUUCAGGCAUAACAGUAUGAAGUAUAUAUUGUUGUGACCUGUGUAAAUUAAAAUAUGAUUCCAUUUAUAAGAUAUUUAGGUAGUAAUUAGAUUUGAUCUUUUUACAAGAAGUUUAGCUGCUGAACUUAGUUGUCGUAUAUGAUGUUACCAAGUAUAGAUUGCAUUAUGAUAAGAGAUUACCGUACAUGUAAGCCUGUGGCUAUCCAAUAUAAUAAUUUAACUGUGAUAUAUUAUUUUUGGAAGAUCAAUAUGUAAGAGCUGAUUAGUGUAGUUGGUAUGUCUAAAUGAAUUAGUUUGCAUCCUUCUACCAAUACUGUAUAUUUUAAAAAAAAAAAAGGUAACGGGGGGGGGGGUUUAGGUUUGCAUGGUCAUCUGUGAUCAUGAUGGAAGGGGACUGGACGAGUUAGUAGGUGAUCAGUUACGGGCUUGUGCAAACAUAAUUCCAUUUCAUCUAAUUACAUUUCAUCAAGAUACAACAAAUAAACUAUUUUAUUUGUACAUCUAUUAAACUUGUACAUCUUUACAUUUUAACUGUAAACCUUGAUGUUUUGUAAAUUGAUAGAAUAAUGAAGGCUAACAAAAAAGAAAAAAAAAGAAACUUCCUGUCUAUUUUUGUCAUAUUGAAUUAAUUCUAAAUAACAUAUAAUAUACAGUGCUUGAAGGAUUUUAUUCUCAAUUUUGAUGCUGAAAUUACCAUUUUGAUUACAUGUGCUAUUUUUUUCAAGUGCUCAAAUUGAAUGUAUCUUAAUAACUUUUUCAAGUUGGCUUUGAAUUUUGUCUUUGCAGGUUUAUGUAUGUAUAUCCAAAAUCAGUUUGUGCAAUUUAUUCAACUUGUCUAAAAAAAUGUUGUUUCAAAUACCAUUGGAUCAGUUUAAAUUAAAUGAUUACAUAUUACUUGUAUUCAACUGUACAUUUCCUGUUUUGUGUUGGUCUGGUAAUAGAUUUUCAGAAUCCAUUUAAAGCAUUAAUUAUAAUUAGUGUUUUCACAAGCCGUGUACAUAGGAUGUAAUUGUUGUUAGAUUAAAUUUGUCAAUCAUUCAUUUCUUAAUGGCAUGUCAAUGAUUAAAAACAAAUAGAGGUGAUAAAUUAUUGCUUAAAAGAUUUGGAAAUCUUCAGAGGAAAUUAUUGCUUAAAAGAUUUGGAAAUCUUCGAUAUUCAGAGGUAUAGUUUUCGUUUCACUUUCAGAAUUUGGUACAUGGAUACAUUUUAAUGUCUUGUUGCAGCAAUGAAGUUUUUUUAUUAAUUCUGCUAGGCACAUUUAUUUUGUAAUACAAGUACUGACAAGAGUCCCGAGAUAUGAGAUGUACAAUACUGUAUUGAUAAAUAUCUUAUCAUGAAUAUAUAGAUUAAACUAAAAAUUUUGUUUAAAAGUGAUUGAAAUAACUCUGCUGGAUAUUUAGAAGUUCAUAUGAGAUUGGAAGUGAUAUCUGAGAAUGAUAUCAAUAACAUUUUGAAGUGUUGAAAUAUGGUUAAGUAAGUGGUUAUAUAUAGCUAACCAGCUGGUCUGAUGUCACUCUGAAGAACAAUUUUCAUUUAAAAAUGUUAUUAAUCUUAAGUUAAAAUUGAAGUUAUUGUUUGCACGUCUCAUACUUAGCUAUAUAUAGGAACAGAGAAGUUUCCUGACCCAGGUAAUUAUCGGUAAUUGCCUUAUUCUAGUUUUAUGAUUUUAAUCUCCACUUGGCUGAGUAGCUAAUAAAUUUAUUAUACAAUACCAAGGUAAAUAGCUACUGGCCACAUUGUGACCAGUAUGACAGAAAGACCAUCAUACAGUGCAGUGUGUAUAUAUAUACAUAUAUUAGAGCCAGGUGUGAGGAAAGGCCAAUAGGCUCUCCAGUAUGUUAUAUCAGCUCAAGCUUCACCUGUAGUAGUAGGAUAGGGCCAUUAUUAAUAUUACCAGUAAUGAAAUACACCAAUAUAGCUACUGUUCUACAUACAAUAUAUAGAAACUGUCCACUUGUCUCCAAUAUCUUCCCCUCACCUCUGAAAGGAGGGAGGUGUGUAUUGGAGUACCCUUGGUGUACAGGAGAAUGAGAGGUGUGUAUUGGAACACCCCUGGUAGAAACACCCCUGGUAUAAAGGAGGGAGGGAGGUGUGUAUUGGAACACUCCUGAAAUAAUGGAGGGAGGGAAGUGUGUAUUGAAACACCCCUGGUAUAAAGGAGGGAGGGACGUGUGUAUUGGAACACCCCUGGUAUAAAGGAGGGAGGGGCGUGUGUAUUGGAACACCCCUGGUACAAAGGAGGGAGGGACGUGUGUAUUGGAACACCCCUGGUACAAAAGAGGGAGGGGCGUGUAUUGGAACACCCCUGGUACAAAGGAGGAAGGGGCGUGUGUAUUGGAACACCCCUGGUAUACAGGAGGGAGGGACGUGUGUAUUGGAACACCCCUGGUACAAAGGAGGGAGGGGCGUGUGUAUUGGAACACCCCUGGUAUACAGGAGGGAGGGGCGUGUGUAUUGGAACACACCUGGUAUACAGGAGGGAGGGGCGUGUAUUGAAACACCCCUGGUAUACAGGAGGGAGGGGCGUGUGUAUUGGAACACCCCUGGUAUAAAGGAGGGAGGUGUGUAUUGGAACACCCCUGGUAUACUGGAGGGAGGGACUUGUGUAUUGGAACACCCCUGGUAUACAGGAGGGAGGGGCGUGUGUAUUGGAACACCCCUUGUAUACAUGGGGGUGCAGAUGGAGGUUUGUAUUGGAGCUGGCUCUGGAGAAAGCCUUUUAUGUAAUUGGAGCAUUCUCUAAUUGCAAGAAAUCUUCAUUUUCAACUCUUUACAACAGCAGUGUUCUGAAAACCCAAGGGAUAUUUUCUUAGUUAUCAAAAAAGCUUUAACUUUACUUGGAUAAAAUAAUAUAUGACUUUGUAGCAUUAAACAAAUCUGAAGUUUAUAGGAGUUCAAAAAGGCAGCACAGCUAGCAAAACCAGUAGUUGUGUGUUUGUAGUUUAUAUUAUACACCUAACUGUCCUGUAGGAAGGUUAACUACCAUUGAUCAUUGACUGAACUUGGUCUGGCAUCAAGCAUUGGACAUAUAUACACACUUCACUGUCUUUGAUCAGAUCUAGCUGGAGUAGGUAUGAAAUAUUUACAUAUUCACACAUUGAAAUCUUGUUACUACUGAAACAUUCAUGGAAGAGGAGGCUAUUGUGAAAAGUGGUAUAUGAAAACAAUAUGUGAAAACCCAGGACAUCAUAAACCAUUGAGUUUAGGAGUAAUACUACCAAUAGAAAAAGUAAAGGGACCAAACGAGUAAGGUGUAGAAAAAAGAAGGGUAUAAAAUUAUGAAAGUUCCACCCUAUUUGAAGUUGCAAUUGGUCGUGUAUUUACAUAUUUUUUUUGCGACAAAUGAUAUUGUAUAUAUGAAUUUUAUGUGUUGAACUGUGAUAAUCAAAGCAAUAGUUGUUAUUGCUUAAGUUUCAUCUGAUCUGAGUGACUAUAAUAUCUCUGCAAUUUGAUUUGUUCUACUGAAUGUGUACUUGUCAUCAUGUAAGGAUAUCCAUUAUAUAAACAUAUGGCAUAUGUGACAUGUUUUCUGGCUCAUUGAAAUAUCCCCAUACAUUUAGACAGAACGUUGUGUAGGAGGAAACUGUCUUCACUAUACAUAUUUUUUUUGGUUAUUAUAUGAAAUCAAACAUUUCCUGCUGGUGGGAAUAUAUUACGUGAUGAAUAUGUUCAUUCAAGAUGGAAAGUAUAUAUAUUCAUCUAAAUUAUGCUACAUUAUACACGUAUGUCAUGUUUAUACAACAUGUCUGUCCAGAUAAACUCAUUUUUCACAGAAAUAGUUUGUGGUGAAGUGGCAAGUCAAGAAACGAAUGUGCUAGUAUAUGUUAAAAAAUGCACAUGUACAUGUGUGAAUCUCCAAUGACUUUGCAUAAGGUGACAUAAUUUCGCCAGUGCUCAAAUUUAGUAGCUUUUUCAUUUCAAAUUAAAGAAAAUGAGAAUGAGAUAGGCCUUCAUCAGUUAAUUUUAUUUUAGAUUAAACUAAUCAGGGUUUGCUUAGUGUCAUUUAUUAUAAAUGGGGUCCUUGUUAGAUUAUGAGACAUCUAGCUCUAUAAAUAAGAGUGAUUCUGUCUAUGCUUGUGUAUGUUAUAAGGACAGCUUCAUUGCAAAAUAUGACUGAUGAAAAUGUUAUGUAGUACCUCCUUACAUAUAUGUACUGUGUUCAGUUAUAUGUAUUUACAGAACAGAAUUAUCUGUAUCGAUUCAAUCACAUAUUAUUUUCUAAAUUUUGGUCAAUAUGCGGCAUUUCAAAGUCCGCAUUUGAGUAGUGAGCUGGCCUCGUAACCUAUUUUCUGUCAAAUUUUAGCUAAACUUGGUGUCUUCUCUUCUUGACAGCUGCCCAUAGGUGUAAUCUGUAUAAUAUCUUUAUUUAGAGCACUUGUUGGUUUUUCAGUCCCUGAAAAGUUGAUUUGAAUGUUUGUUAUCAAUUUGUAGAGCAGGUGAUUCAGAAGCACAAGAGAGGUUUUAUCUAUCUAGAACAAACAGGGUUCAUAAAACUUAUCGCUUUACUGAUACAGCCUUAUAUAGCUACAUUGAUGAUGUACAAGCCUGCAUAGAAAAUGUACCAGUUAACUCUGAAGGUUACUUCAAUAUAAAUUCUUGGUGAGAUCACUGAAAACUGAUUAUUCAAUCUUUAUUUCAAGUAGCUAUAUAUAAAUAGUAAACAAAUGUAAAUCAUUUAAAACUCUUUAAUUUUUUUUUCUUUUUAAUAUUCAGGAUAUUCUGCAGCUAUUGUAUAUACCUUCUGCACUUGACAUUAAUAUUUAGACUUUUAGGCAAACGCAUAUGUAUCGCUAUAUAGCUAGCUAUGAUUAUAUCUGAAGUGAAAAUAUCAGAAAUGACUAUAUCUUGUGUCAUGUUUUGGAUUCUCCAAUCUAAUAGACCACCAAGCGAUGAUUUUGUUUGGUCAUCUCCUAAUAGUGACAGUGACAUCGAUCACUGACAUUACAUAUGGAAAGAGAGAAAGAUAUUAUAACUAGCAAAUUUCUUACUGAUACUUUAAUUCAUCCUGUAACCAUCACAAAACUAAAAAUUCCCAUGUUGCUUAUAAAAUGUAUUUAAUAAAAAUUAUGAAAAAUUAAAAGUGAAAUUCUUUAAAAAAAAAAAAACCCCAUAAAAUGUAUUUUUCUGAUUUAUAGAAGCAAAUUUGUAUGCGUAACUAUAGCUGGUUACUGGAAUAUUCAUUACUAUAUCUUGUAUAGGAUAAAUUAUUUGCCCUUCUAUUAUCCAAUUUAGAAUUAAGCAAAAAUGAAAGACGGCUAGAUAUUGAUGUAAUAAAAACUUGAUUUGUAGUAGUGUAUAUUAUAAGACCCAGUUUAACAUAUAGUCUACUGAAGAGAAGACACAAGUUAGAUCUACAAAUGUCUGAUUCAUAUGUGUAUUUUUAUGAUACAUCAUUGUUAUUUCUUAUCAAUAUGUUUAUCUAGAAUGAAACUGACCAAUUUUCAUUUUGAAUCUAAUGUUUCUAGUCAUGAUAAAGUGGGUAACUAAUUAGAAAACUAUGCUAUAUUUCAAUCAUUAAACUUGUAAAGCUAUGUUAUAUACAUACUAGGUAUGUCAUUUUUCACAAUAUUUCCACCAUAAAUAUCUGCUAUUUGCUGUUUUAGUAAUUCACAUAUUGUGCGGUACUGACUUCACAUAUAUAGUGUAUGUAGUUUAGUAUGUAUUGUACAUACAUUGAUUGUAAAUUUUUUUUUGAUUUAUAACAACUGGUGUACAAGUAUUGUAUAAAUUUUGUUGUUUUUUUGUUGUUGAUGCCUUAUUUUUUGUACAGAUUUACUAAAAAAAAACAUGUUCUAAAAUGCUAUUCAUAUAGAUUCUGUAAAGAAAUUAUAUGAGUUGUCUGAAUCAGUUACCGCAGUAUAUAUAGUUCAAAUGAUUAUGUUUGACAGAACAGUUCUUGUUUCUGUAUAAAAAGUUGUUCAAAUCAUGGGCAUUUUGUUAUUGCCUAUACUUUUUUUUUGUGUGUUUUAAGUCAUUUUUGCUGCAUCAUAAAUAAAUUCAUCAUGACAGUCAAGUUAGGAUAGUAUCAAUGAGAACCCGGUCAUAGGCAGAUAAGUAACCAUAUAAGGACGGUCUUGUUAGAACUCGGUCAUAUAUAUAUGUAACCAUAUAUGGUGACUCAGUUGAUUAUACUAAGGUCUGAGGUCUGGUGAAAAUAUUUCAAGAAAUCAGUAAACGCACCUGAAAAUGUUGACCUUUCAGGCGUAUAAUAUAAUGUUACAUUCUGCACUCUUGACUCAACUAUUUGGCAGUCUCAUGUCUGAUUUUGAUGCUUCAUAUUUGGAAUUUUUCUGAACAUCAAUAUUUUGAAAAUUGUUAAUAGCUGACACGUUGGUGCAGUAUGCAUAUGAUACACAUAACAUGGAAAUUAUUGUCCUGUGUAUGUAGCUGGUUUCACCAAGAGUAAGCAUGUACAUAUACAUGUAUAUAUAUAUAUGUGGCUACGCAAAUCCCAAGUACAUAUAUGAAACUCAAACUUAUAUGGAGUAGAUGUACAGGUAUACCAAGACGCAUUGAAUCAGAAAAAGACUAGCACACUAAUGAAAAGUUAUGAGUAGAGCUUAGCUGAUCUUUUGAGAGAGUUUGUUUUGAUUUAUAACCAUGGUAAUUAAUAAGCUCUUGCUGCGUUUAAAAAACCCACUCCCAAGUAUAAACAUAGAUUUUAUACAGAGGAUGAUUAAACAUACUUGAACACAACCACUUUCUGAAGAUAGUGGUAUUGUCAAAAUUGGAAUAAUCUCCAUACUCGGCUCCAUUGUUAAGGCCAAACAAUUUCUUGCAUAAAGUAUGGUUAUAUUAUUUUGUUGUAGCAGAUCUAGAUAUCAAAAAGAAAAAAAAUACCAUGGGGCAGUUCAAAACAAACUCUUUCCAUUGGUACUAUGCAUACAAUGUGUUAUCAUGUUGAUGGUUGCCACAUCUGGCAAUGAAAACACACAUUUUUUUCUUGUUUGAACAAUAUUACAGGUCGAAUGAAACACAAUGUUAAAUUGCUGUUUAUCAUGAAGAGAAAGUGCCAAUUUUGUUAAGGUUCUGUGUUCUGUUAAAGUUUUUUUUUUUUGCUUAAAUGUCUUUCAUUAAAAAGUUGGAUGUGAUUUUAAAAGCAUCAUUUCAUUGUUAUUUUCUCAAAGCUAUAUUUAUACACCAUAUAUUUCUGUAAACUUUCAAUCAAUGAAAGAUCUUUAAAAAUCACUGUGCUAAAAUAUAAUUAUCAGGGUUUACACAUGUACAAUAUAAUUAAAGGAUGUUGAUCAUGAGAUUGCAGCAGAACAUCAGUUCCAUUGUCGUUAUAAAUACCAAGCCAAAGUUUUACACAAUGUUAGCGGACGUCAGAGGAGGGAGUCGUAGAGCGAAAGAGAUAUUAGCAUCUCUGAUAACAAAAUGUGUCGGCAAUAUGAUUGUAUGUUCAGCAGCAUAUAUACCUUGUAAACUAUUGUCUUGUACCUGUAUAUAUGAUAUAUAUAUAUAUGUGUAUAAGCUGUGGAAUCUUGUCCAGCACAGAUUAUUACAUUGCAGACACCGAGUGUCCAUAUACAGAAAUAUUACUUUUGUUUGUUAUUACAUGUACUAUAUACUUCUGUAUCAUGUCCAUUGUACAACGUACAUGUAACAUUAUGCCAUCUGAUUGAUAAUGGUUAUACAAUCACUGGAGAUUGUUCAGUGUUGGUAUUUUGGAAGAAUUCCAGAAAUAAAAUAUUUUUGAAUUAUAGUCAA